AUGGACAGUUCAUGUGGAAAGGAAUACAAGCUCCAAGGCUCCUUGAAGAGAAAGUUGGUGGUAAAUCUGUCGCCUGUCAACAACAAGAGGCCCAAUGGGGUUUCAGAGAGCUCUUUCCUUGACAUUAAGAGGUUAAGAGUGGGUGAUAAUAUCUCAGUGGGACAAGGCGGACAACAUGUUAACAAUUGCCAAAGCCAGUCAAUGUCAGGAACUAUGUCUGUGGGGCAAGGAUCACAAAGAAAGGCCAGCAACCUACCAAACAAUACACAUGCUAGUGGGAAUGGCAUGUUUAAUAUGACUUUGAAAGAGGUAAAGAAAGAACCAGGAGAAACAAUGUCCUGCAGCAAACACUUAGAUGGCCAGACGUCCCAUGAGAAUGUGUUUCCUAACAGAUAUGGGGAAGAGUCAUGGGAACAAAUGAUGGAUUUGGAGCUUCAGGAACUAUUUAAUGAACUGACUAACAUAUCAGUGCCACCAAUGAGUGAUCUUGAGCUAGAGAAUAUGAUAAAUGCCACGAUAAAACAAGACGAGCCAUUCAACAUUGACCUUGGGCAGCAGAGCCAGAGGGGCCCUGUGAGAUCUCUGCAGAUGGAUAAGAUGGUGAUAAAAAGUGAAUAUGCACCAGGCAUGAAUCAGGCUUCUGUGGGCUCCCCACAGAUGAGGCCUUCUUCUACAGGUCCAGCCUUCACUAUGGCCACCACUGCCAUGUCCACCUCUUCACCCAUCCCUUCGGUGCCUCAGAGUCAAACACAGGUAUCACAGGUUUCUUCUGCAUCCAGUCGGCCAUUGCCUAACUGGCAGGAGGUAUCUCAUGCACAGCAGCUCAAACAGAUUGCAGCCAACCGGCAGCAGCAUGCCUUGAUUCAGCAGCAACAGCAGCAGCAGAACCAGACAGCCAACUGGUCCACUCUGUCUCCAUCAGGACCUUCCCCUGGACCCUUCGUGCAAGAGAAAAUCCCCAGUCCUUCUUUUCGCCAGCAGCAGUUCAGCCCACAAAGUUCAGCAAUGCUUGGGGUACCAGUGAAUGGAAACCAGUCAAAAGGGAUGAAUAACUAUGUUUAUAAACCAACCACUCCCCAGAGCAAUCCCAUGGACAUAAUCAUGCAGCAGAAGCCUCAGGACCUCAACAGAAACUUUAUGAACAGCGCUCAGCCACCACUAGAGCAGCAUCAUGGCAACACAAAGCCUUUGUUUCACUUUAACUCAGAGCAAACAAACCAGCAGAUGCCUUCAGUUUUGGGUUCCCAAAACAAGCCUGCCCUUCUGCACUACACGCAGCAGGCACAGGGUUCAGCCCCCGUGCAACAGCCACAGCAACAGCAGCAACAACAGCCACAGCCGCAAACUGCUCAGCCUCUCCCAAACCAGUCUCUUCAGAGGCCACCUAAUGUACCCCUAGCAAUGCAGCAAAAAAUGAUGCUUCAGAAAAUGCAGCAAAAUCAGCAAAUCUCAGGUUUGCAGUAUCCAGUCUCACAGCAGCAUAGACAG